GACUUUUGGGCUUCGUGUUCGAGCCGGGACAAACAGCUUACAAAUUUUUCGCCUACUCUGUGUCUGCCCCUGCCUUCGCCUCCUAGCUCUGAGCCAUGGGGAUUAGGGUUUUUUCCUUCCUGGUCGCGCUUCUCUUCCUCGCUUCCCCGAUCAUCCAAGUUGUGAGAUGUCAAUCAGAAGCAGAUGUUGAUGCAACAGCAGUUGUUGAAGGGGAUGAUCUUGGCAUUGUUGGUGAUGAGACCCAAGUUCUUGGUGAUGGAACCUUUAGUCCAGCUCCUGGAGUAGAUACAAUAUGUGUUUUUCCAAAAAAUGCUGCUAAAUUGGUUCCAGCCGGGGAAGUGACUGAAAUUCUGGUUGGCAUGCAUAAUGAGGGCGAAUCAACUUUAAAUGUCAUAGCAAUGCAUGGUAGCCUUCAUCUUCCUUUUGAUCAUCAUAUGUUUGUCCAAAAUCUUACCACACAGGAGUUCUUCAAUGCAUCAGUGCCGGUUUCUGCUCAAGCAACAUUCCCUUAUAAAUUUGCUGUCAACAAAUUCUUGCAGCCUGGCUCAUUUGAUUUAGUGGGCACCAUAGUUUAUGAGAUUGAUCAGCAACCUUAUCAGAGUGUCUUUUAUAAUGGUACCAUCGAAGUUGUGGAGGCUGGAGGUUUCCUCAGCAUAGAGUCUGUUUUCCUUGUUACUCUUGGAGUUGCCCUCCUUGGCCUUUUUGGAUUGUGGGCAUAUGGUCAAAUACAGCAAUUCUCAAAGAAAACCAAGAGAGCAACUAAGGUGGAAGUAGGUACUCGAGCAACGGAUGCAAACAUGGAUGAGUGGUUGCAGGGAACUGCAUAUGCUCAUUCACUCUCAAACAAGCCAAAGAAGAAGAAGUAGAUUUGCAUGUGCUUCAGGGUGGUGUGUAUUUUUACAAUCCGGCUUUCUGGAGCAGGAAGGUGAGGGAAAUUCUGACAACAUGGUAGUUUUUCAAGCUGUAGGUGAGAAACUUGGAACCAAGCGUUGCAUUCGUGAAGCUGUAGGUGUCUUUAUUCAACUGAAAGUUGUGUACCACAAGGAAAAAUAUUUUGGGAAAAUUCAAUUUUGGUUAGAACUACUAUUUAUAAAUUUGCAUUAUUGAUGGUAAAAAUGAACUAAUAUUACUUUUUUGAUGCUGCA